AUGUUAUAUUGCCAUUCCGCAGGCGGUCCACAAGUUUACGCAUUGGCGAAUAAAAAAGCUGAACUUGAAUUUGAACAACGUUCAAUGGCAAGUUUGCUUUCCAAGUUUCGUAUAGAUUACUCUGAUUUACAAUUAAUUCCGGAUAUUACGAAAAAACCACAAGAAACAUCUACACAAUUCUUUAAUGAGCUCAUUAAAGAUUUUGUGCAAAGCGAAAAAGAAAAUGGACCUAUAACAACAAUAUUAAGUGAAGAAGAAGCACUCAUCACGGAAGAUGAUUUAAUGGCAGUACAGGAUAAAACUAAUCGUUACUUGCGUUUACGUGAAUAUUUGCAAGAGCAGUCAACUAAAUCUGACUUGGUCGUUAUGACUUUACCCAUGCCACGUAAGAAUAUUGUAUCGGCGCCGCUUUAUAUGGCUUGGUUGGAAAGUCUAAGUCGUGAAAUGCCUCCAUUCCUAUUCGUACGUGGCAAUCAGACCAGUGUGCUGACAUUCUAUUCAUAGACAUCUAAAACAAGAAUGAAACUAUGUGCAAAAUUAUCUUUAAUUAGAACAGCUUGGUCUUACUGACUUGCAAAAAUGAAAUAGAUGCAGAAAUAUUUAUAUUUGUUUUGAUUUCUUAAGUAGCCGCACAUACUAAAUAAUUGACUAGAAAAUUAGUUUAAACAUUUUGAAAAACAAGCAUAUUCUUAUAAGAAAUUUGUG